AAUUUACAUUUUCAGAUAUUUUUUUUUACAACACAAUGUGAAAUCAUUCGAUGAUAGGGAAAGCUUAAUGUUGAGAUGGAGGGAUAUAGUGUAAGUGAAGAAGCUCUAAGAAAUGUGGAAUCUAUUAGACAAAAGCUUCUGCUUUCCAGGUUGGUUCCUGGCCUGGAGUUCUCUUUUAAAUCAUCUUUCCAGAUCUGUAUGGUUCAGAUCAAUACUUCAGGUGGGAUGGAUGGAUCUAGUUUGGUUGGUUCUACGGAGUCAACUACUAUCUCCAGCUCUGCACUCAGGACAGCACCAAGCACACAGGUUGUUGAGUUGUCUAGUAGCACUAGUACUACUCAGCUUCAACAGACUUCAGUUGUUAGACCUCAGAUAAUGAAUUCUCCUUUACGGGGUUUCACUGGAAACAAGAAGUUCCUGUACAGGCAGGGAAACCAAACCUUUAUCAUAGAAUCCAGCGCUCUUCUAGAAAAACUGCGUGCUGGUGGUACACUAAGAUUACCAGUGACUGCUCUGCGUCCUGUCUCCCUGGUACCAACCUCUCAAGGAGUUCUUGGGUCCUCGUCUAGUCAACUAAACCUUGUAUCCUCAUCUACUAGUCUACCAACACUCAGAACAUCAUCAAAUCUUAUAAGUCAACCCAGUCAGAUCAACCUACCAAGUCAAAUCCACAUACCGAGUCAAAUCAACCUGCAAAGUCAAAUCAACCUACCAAGUCAAAUCAACCUACCAAGUCAGAUCAUAUCUAGUCAAAUCAACCUACAAAAUCAGAUGAAUUCUGUCAGCCAAGAAAAAGAGAGGAAAGAGUCUGAGGUUUUGACCCUGUCUUCUGCAGGGGACGAAGGUUUAGCAGGUCGGUUGACCAGCAUGGUUAGCUCAGGUCUGAGCCUCAUCUCCCAAACUAAACCAACCCCCAGUGUUAUUCUUGCCAAACCCAACGGAAUAUCCCUCAACAGCGGAACCACCGCUAGUGGAAUAACCCUGGCGGGCGGAAUAAUUACUACCUCGAACGGAAUAACGCUGGCGGGUGGAAUGACCCCUGGAUCCGUAGGGUUGACCCUGACCCAAGUUCCUCGGCCAAAUCUUUCGGUGUCGGGGGUUGUCACCCUCACACAGACUCUUCCUACAGCUGUGAAUGCGACGGGUCCGAUAACCUCCUCCCCGGUUCCCAGACCGACCCUACUAGGUGUCGGAUCCCCUUCUCAAAAUACAAUUAUUGUGCAAAGAUCUCCACAGACCCAGACCUCCAUCUUGCAGACAAAUCAGACUAAGUCCGAUACUACUCGGUUUCUACUGACCCGUACUCCAGUAUCCAAUCCACCUGUAGCAUCAUCUACACCAGGAGCCCCAGAUAUUAUCCGACAGCUAAACAUUGCUCGAUGCCAGGGUCUAGUUGUUCUACAGAGAUGGGGGGACAAACAGGUUCUGGUUCACAAGGCAACUGGAAGAUGGAUAAUGAGACAGGGAAACCGACUUGUAACAGUUCCACCACAGGCUCUGGGUAUAACCCCUGGAGGUCCAGGAGGUACAGGAGAAGGUACUCCAGGUACUCCAGCAAGACCAGAUAGUUCUACUCCAUCCUCUACUCCACCUUCUCCAGCAAUAUCAACUAAAACCAUGGAACAGUUGGCAGAAUUUGAUUCUAUUCUUGAGAGUAAAUUCAAGACUGAGAUUAGUGAACCCAGUUCUCAAUCCCAGCUCAGCCAUCUUGGACUAUCUCCUCCUACUGCUGGAGCUACUCCGUCUACCGGAGCUCCUGGAGCCCCUGUAGCUACUGGAGCUACUCCUAAAGGAGUUCUUCUUCCAACCUCUCCUGUGAAGAAGGAGUUGCUUCCUGCUGAUAAGGUUCAGGAGGAUCCUGAGACACUGAAACGGAUCCAGGCGAUCCUUGAUAAUUACAACAACCAGGGAAUUGGAACAAACUUAUAUUCUCCUCAAGGUUCUGGAUUAACAUCAGGUUCUUGUUCUCCGAAUAGUAUAGCUCCUCCCUCCGUCUCCCCCUCUCAUCUACCCACCUCACCCUCACCUUCUCUCCCUCAAACCAUCUCUAUAGUCAGCCAACCAUCGGCAAUCUCCCUCAUCACAAACUCACCAGUAAAACAGGAUGCGCUGAGUUUAGCUAUAGCUGAGAUCAAAGAAACCUCCGACACUAAUCAUCAACUACAGCGGGAAAUAACUGUGCCAAACCAAACUUCUUCUAUCCAAACCCAACCAAACCAAACCCAACCAAACCAAACUAGACAAAUCAGACAGGUAAUGGUUCCUAGCGGGCUGGCAGCUAGCCUCGCCGGUCAGCGUCUCAUGUUGGUCAACAGUGGGGACGGAGGACGAAGAAUGUUGGCUGUGAGACCUGUGCUGGUCAGCUCAUUAGAGGCCGGGAACAGUCCUGGUGCGGAGCCAAGGGUUACAACUCUGAGUAGUGGAAGUAUUGGACUUAACUCUAGUAUUGGAGUAAGUAGCGGACUCAACACAAGGUUCUCAAUACCUAUCACUGUCUCCCUACCCACCUCCCCGCUACCCGUCAGCAUGGUCAAUCUUAACAGUCUUGACAAACCUCUUCCACAAGGACUGACUUCUCCUUCCUAUGAUAAAAUGGAGAUGGAUCGGCCAGUUACUCCUGGACUAGGAAUACCCAUGGAGAUGACUCCAGGACAAAUUAUGGAGGCUGAGAUUUCCGCCACCCUUCUUGACAGCCCUGCUUCUCCCUACCAUCUACCACACCCACUCUCCCCCCCUUCUUCAGAGGACAGGAUAUCUGUAUCAAUGUCUGAGUCUAUCUACUCCUUUGAUUCGGAUACCAGAAAAUCUAAUAUUAUUAGAAUUAACCUACCCGUGACACCGAAUUCAGAAACUGACGAAACUAAAUCUGACAAUUCCGGAGACCUAAACACCAGACCGGAAGUUAUGUCCUUGCAACCGGAAACGAUGUCUCCCUCCCUUGAAUCCCUUAUCUCAAACCAACCCAAAUAUGACGCCAAAGACAUAAAUCUUCCAGCUGUUAGUGAGCCUGGAGAUGACAUCUCGGAAUCACCUGGCCAAGAAAAUGACGCUUUUGACAUCUUAAAAAACGGAAUUAAAAGGGAACGUCGCGCUUCCGCUAGACAAACCAAACCGGAAGUAAAACCCUCAGAACCCAGACAAAGCCGCAAAAAAUCCGGCCGCUCGGACGAGCUUCCGCAAAUGAAGAAGCUUAAACGCGACGAUACCGAGGAUGAGCGGAUACAGGAUUUAUCCUCUUCCGGUCCUCGAAAGAAACUUAGUUUGCGGAUUGCAUAUGCUAUGAUAACCAUAAUGCGUAUUGUGUGUGCUAUUAUUAGCUACCAAUCGAAUGACGCAACCAAGAAAUGUUUGAUUUGUGUUUUGAAGACUCGGAUCUCAGAUUUCAUGCUUCAAGAGUUAUACUUUAUACCUAAUAUUUUAACAUAAUAAAUUUUACAUUGUACAUUAACUGGAACUGCUUACAGGUGUAGUAAACUGUCUGUUAUUCGUGUAAUAUUUUUAUAUAUCUUGAAACUAUAUA